UUAAAAAAGAGAAAAUAAAAGUAAAAUUCGAUAACAGUUUGUUAGAAGCAAGGAUUUAGGUAGCCACUACGUAAAUCCUUGUAAGAAGCAAGUUAAACUUUUAGGUACUUUAUAGGACAACGAAAUCAAUAGUUUGUUAAUUUGAACACGUUAAAGGAUGAGUUCAAGUAAGCUAUUAGUAGUUGCUAUUGAUUUUGGUACGACGUACAGUGGAUAUGCUUUCUCUUACAUAAGCCAAAGGGAACAAGUGUACACAUAUAAUUGGAGUAAAGGUAUCACACAGACUCCUAAAACCCCAACCAGCAUUUUGUUUACGCCUAGGAGGGACUUCCAUUCCUUUGGUUAUGAAGCAGAAGAAGAGUACGCAAGGCUAUCACAACAUAAAGAGAAUAGAGACUGGUACUUCUACAAACGGUUUAAACUAACACUGUACAAAAACGAAGAUUUAAACGAAGAAACGAAGAUCAGAGAUUACACUGAUAAAGAAAUGCUAGCCAUUGAAGUGUUUAGUGGUGGGAUACAUUAUUUAAAAGACCAUUUGUUCACUCAUUUUAAAGAACGUAUUCCACAUUUGCGUGAAGGUGAUAUUCACUGGGUACUAACAGUUCCAGCCAUCUGGGACGAGGCUGCUAAAAAGUUUAUGCGCAAAUCCGCAGAAAAGGCUGGCAUACCGGGAAGCAGGUUGACAUUAGCAUUGGAACCAGAAUGCGCCGCACUUUACUGUCAGUUAGGUGCUCCUAGAUCAGGCCUUUCACCGAUGCAACCUGGAGCCAAAUUUUUACUGUUAGACUGUGGAGGUGGCACUGUUGAUAUUACAGUUCAUGAAGUUCGCUAUGACAAUUCUUUGAAAGAAAUCCACAGGGCGUCGGGAGGACCAUGGGGUGGAAUAAAAGUUGACGACGCCUUUCAGGAACAUUUAUUAGAGUUGUUUGGGUUUGAACGUAUAGCUUCCCUCCCAAAACAUGACGUCAUAGAGUUGGAAAGAAGUUUUGAGCUACUGAAGAAAAAUGUUAACACCGAAGAUAAAAAUUACCAUAUGCAACUUCCUUUGAUCUUACGUCAGUCAGCAGAUAUAGGGAUUGGCACCCUAGUUGCUGGAAAACUGCGACUUAGUUCUAAAGUAGUUAAGGGUUUUUUUGAGAGACCAGCUGAACAUAUAUGCCGGAAAAUUCAAGAAAUAUUACUUUCCUUGAGACAACGCGACUUAGAUACCAUACUUUUGGUUGGAGGAUUUGCUGAAAGCAAGUUACUCCAAGAAAAAGUUCAAUUGAAAUUUCCAACAAUGAAAGUGUUAAAACCGAAUGAGCCUAGCGCAGCUGUCAUUAAAGGUGCUGUUGAAUUCGGUCACUGUCCAGAGAAGGUUCGUUACCGUAUGUCUCCUUAUACAUAUGGUGUUAAUAUAGUUACCCCUUUCCGCCAUGGGAAAGAUCCUAUCAGCAAGUACAUGGAAAUUGACCGCGAGGCGUAUUGUGACGAUAUUUUUGACAUUCAUGUGAAGAAAAACCAGUCGGUUGAAACAGGCACUGAAAUAUCAAACGAGGACUACCACCCAAUGACACAAGGACAAACAAAUAUGAACUUCAAAGUUGUAACUUCCGAUUCAUUAAGCCCCACAUAUAUCGAUGACCCGGGAAACAGAAUCAUAGGGAGCUUUGAUGUUCGAAUUCCUCAUGCCUUUGCUAGUAUGGAAAGAUAUGUAAAUGUUAAGAUGAUAUUUCGCGGUACAGAACUUGAAGUUGAGGCAAAAGAUGCGCAUACUAAGCAAAAAUAUAAGUCUUCAUUUAGAUUUGAAUAACAAGACUAACCUAUCUUUCACCUAUAAUUAUGGACAUAUUCUAUUUUCAAAAUAUUGACAUAUGUGUUUUUUCUUUUCUUUUUUUGCUGUUGUUGUAAUAAAUUGUCUUGAGUAAA